CAAGUUGCAACCUCUUUGAAAUAUUCCUUCCUGUGUUUAUCAGUCUGCAUCCUCCUGUAUACAAUUGACCUGUAUCACAUCUAGGGACAAGAUAUCGCAUUAUCUCACGAAUUUCUCAGGGUAAAGUUAUUUCUUACUUCCUGCCACUGCAGCCAUGCCAGAUACAACUGCUUUCCUAUCAGGGUCAUUGCUGGCAGACGACUCCGCUGCGUGCACAACAUGUCCUCACAAAUUUUUGAAGCGCAGCUGCGCGAGAUCCAGCACGGGAGGUCUCAGGUUGCACUUAUACACACUCCUCAUACAUCCUGGCCCCUGCAACCGAAGAGCGGCCUCAAUCUCGCCAUGACCCCUUCUACCCUCCGUAUAUCCGUCCUCGAUUCGUCGUUCAACCCGCCAACACGCGCUCAUCUUGCUCUUGCUUCUCUCCCGCAUUAUUCUCAAAGCGCCCCAUCGGAUUCGAGCUCAGAAUAUGACGCGCGCCUGCUCCUGCUCAGCGUCCGGAACGCUGACAAGCACCUCAAAUUGGGCGACGCGACUCACGUUCAGCGGAUGGAGAUGAUGCUUCUCCUUGCACACGACAUACGUGAUAAUAACACGGCAGUAGCUAUUAUCGAUGAGCCCACGUUCGUGGGCAAGUCCACUGCGCUGAUCGCGUUUCUCCGAUCGCACCUUCUUCAGCUGUCAUUAUCUCCACCCGCCUCAGUCGUUUCCUCGAUUGAGCUUUCAUUUGUGCAAGGAUUCGACACCCUUGAGCGUCUCCUCUCUCCGCGCUACUACGACUCGGUAGAGCAGAUGUACCAAGCACUGCGCAGAUUUUUGUCC